AACAGGUACCAUAAUAAUAAGUCAUUCUGUGCUAUGCAUAAAAUCAGAAUGGCAUUAAAUGUAAAAAGAAAGUACAGGCAGAUGAAAAGAUGCCCUCAGAGACAAACAGAAGACAGUGGAACACAGGUUCUACAAAAUGACACACCUGAGAUCAGACUGAUCAAUGAUGCUGUUUCAGUUUUCAAAUUAAAUGUAAAGGCUGGUCCCACUUAUGUCUGCACUGUGUGUCAUAAGGCCUCAUUUCCCAACCAAGUAGUAGUCUGCAGAAGGUCAAGUUAUGUCAAAAAGCCAGAUGUGGUUGAGCGGUGCUUGACAGGGAAGUAUGUCCAUGUUUGUGAUGAAGGCUGCAGAAAUGAACGGUGCUCAGUUCCUGAUGAGAGAAGGAAAGAGUGGAUUUGUCACACCUGCCACAAUCAUCUGAAGAAAGGAUGCAUGCCACGCCUAGCAGCAGCAAACAAAUUAUGGUUGGCAGAGAUUCCCUGUGUUCUUUCAGAUUUAAAUAUCCUAGAAAGGCACCUUAUUUCUAAAGUUAUACCGUUUGCAAAGAUAGUCCCUCUCCCGAAAGGUAGACAACGACUGAUAAGAGGAAAUGUUGUGUGUGUUCCAUCAGAGGUUGAAGAAACUGUUCAUGCUUUACCCAGACUGAGGAGCGAGUCUCAGGUGUUGAGAGUGAAGCUAAAGCGGCGUCUGAGUUUUAGAGGUCAUUCACUUUUUCAGACAGUACAGUGGCCUAAACUAAUCUCUGCAUUACUGAAACUGAAGCAGAUUCAUCCAGAGUAUAAAGACAUAACUAUCAGGGAUGAAGCUGAGCUGUGUGACCCCACACUUCCAGAUGAUGAGGAUGAUGACAGUGAUGUAAGCAUGGAGGACGAUGACUAUGGUGAGGAAGAUCUCAUGGAAAUUGACAUUUUUGAGAGAAACGCUCAGUGUGAGAGAGAAAAUGAGCCUGAAAAUGAUCAGGACAGUGAAUGUGAGCAACCACAGCAACCACAAAAUGAUGGAAAAGAGGGAGAUAUGCCCAAUGGAGGAUUUGCUCUAGAGUCAUGCCUUCAGCCUCUUGACAUAUCAGAAGAAAUUCUCUGUUUCUCUGAUGGUGCUUAUUGUGUGGCCCCUGCAGAAAGAAAUAAUCCAGUCAGUUUUUUCAAGACCCCAAAUUUGGAAUCGAUGUCAUUUCCCGUACAGUUUCCGACUGGCGAGAAUACUCUAGACCAAAAGAGACUUCUUAAAGUCACACCAAGUGGAUAUUUCAAGUCUCGUCUUUUUCAUACAGACGAUCGGUUUGCCAGAGACCCAAACUACUUGUUCUUUGCACAGUUUGUAACCGAGGUAAAUCUGGCUAACAACAGCAUGACCAUACAGCUAAGAAAAGGUAAAACUAAGACCAGAGAUGGGCGCAGAAUAACCUCAAGCAUGUUACAGGACAAACACGAGGUUGAGAAACUGGUGAGAAAUAAAGAUGCAGUCAGAUUCAUGCAGCCACUCAGAGGCACUCCAGCUUUCUGGGAGAAAACCAGAAAGGAUCUGUUUGCCAUGAUCAGAGCACUGGGAAAUCCUACAUUUUUCCUCACUUUUUCAGCUGCUGAGUUCCGAUGGCCUGAAGUCAUUGAAGCAAUAAAGAGACAACAAGGUGAGGAGGUUGAUUUUGCGGCUCUUGAUUGGACUGCAAAGUCUGAGAUUCUGCGAUCUAAUCCUGUCACUUGCAUGCGUAUGUUUGAUAAGCGAGUUGAGGCGCUUUACAGAGACUUGCUGCUGUCAGAUGCUCAGCCUUUGGGGAGAGUGGUUGAUUUUUUCCACAGAGUGGAGUUUCAGCACAGAGGAAGCCCACACAUCCAUGGUCUGGUUUGGGUUGAGGGCGCUCCUGAGUUGGAGAAGUCAGCUGAUCAAACUGUGUGCGAUUUUGUUGACAAAUACAUCUCAGCACAACUUCCUGACCCUGACACACAACCUGAACUUUAUCAGAAAGUCAAUGAACUUCAAAAACACAGUAGGAACCACACAAGGUCUUGUUUCAAGAGUGUGAACUCUGGUUGUCGGUUUGGUUUUCCAAAGCCCCCUUGUACACGAACAAUGAUCUCCAGAGCCAUUGGGGAGGAGGAAGAGGAAGAUGACACUGAAAGUGCAAAGAACAAACUAAGACCUCUGAUGCAGCUGCUGAAUGAACCCGAAGUGGCGUCCAUGAGUUUAGAGCAGAUCCUUUCUCGAUGCGAGUUGACACUUGCGGAGUAUGAAAGUUGCCUUCACCGUAUGAGCAAAAAAACUGCAAUCUACCUGAAGCGUGAUCCCAAAGACUGCUGGAUAAAUGGGUACAACCCGCAUCUGCUCAAAGCCUGGGACGCUAACAUCGAUGUGUCUUACAUACUGAAUGCUUACUCGUGUAUUCAGUAUCUGACAAAAUACAUCACCAAGAGGGAAAGUGGUCUAUCAGAGUACCUGAAAACAGUCAUCGCCAGCUCAGACAUGGACAGAGUUAACGAGUGUGAUGAGAUGAGAGCUGUCAUGCAGGCUUACUCAAAAAAGAGAGAGGUAAGUGCUCAGGAGUGUGUGGCUCGUGCAUGUGGACUAAAGAUGAAAAGGUGUUCCCGCAGUGUCGUCUUCAUCCCUACCGAUGACAAUCCUGUGAAAAUGAGUCGCCCCAUGUCAUUCUUGGAGGACAUGCCACCGGAUUCUAGCAAUGUCUGGAUGAGCAGUUUGAGUGAUAAAUACAAAGCCAGACCUGAGACAUCCGAGUAUGAGGAGAUGUGUUUAGCUGAUUUUGCAGCUACCUGCAGGUUUGUGAGUUCAGACAAGGUCAACACUGAUGGUGUCUUACCUCUUCUCAAUCAGCUUGGAUUUGUCCAGAGGCGGAAAAAUGAUAAGCCCUCCGUCAUCAGAUAUUACAACUGUUCAAAGGAAAAAGAUCCUGAGCAAUUUUAUGCCAGAUUACUGAGAGUGUACCUUCCUCACAGAUCUGAAUUUGAAAUUCGAAGCGUGCAUUUUCCAACCUAUGCAUCCUUUUACAACUCUGCCUAUGUCCAACUACCAGGUUCAAACAAUCCUGAGAGUGUGAGAAGCAUUGUUGAAAGAAACAGAGACAAAUAUGAGAAAAACACUGAGGAUAUUGAGAAAGCUCUCGAGGAGUUUGAGGAUAACAGAGAUCUUGUGAUCGAUGAAUGGUGUAAUCUUGCCCCUGAAUCCGAAGUUGUGAGGUUGCAGUGUGAUGAUGAACUUCAGCCGCCAGAGCCAGACAAUGAACAGGAAAAUGUACCAGACUUUUGUCCUCAGUCUGCUCCUACCACAGAAAUGAGAGCCUUUAAGGAACCCCCAGCUAUGGAUCCUGCUGUACUGAGACAGAUGUAUCAGAACCUGAACCAGAAGCAGGCCUGUGUGUUCUAUGCAAUCAGAGACUGGUGCAUUAAACUUGUGAAUGGUCAGAACCCCGAUGCUUUUCACCUAUUUGUGUCCGGAGGCGGCGGAGUGGGGAAGUCACAACUUAUCCGAUGCAUCUACUCAGAGGCCCGUAAGAUACUGAACAAGUUGCAGGUACUUUCAGAGGAGGCUGAUAUUUCUAGUCCAACUGUUUUGCUAACAGCUUUUACUGGAACUGCAGCUUUCAACAUCUGUGGAACAACACUUCACUCUUUACUGAAGCUCCCACGCAGUCUGAAGCCACCGAUUCAAGGACUUGGUAACCAGCUGGAUGAACUCAGGUCGGAACUUUUCAACGCCCAAAUCAUCAUUAUUGAUGAGAUCUCAAUGGUUUCUAAGCCCCUCUUUGCUUAUGUGGAUGCACGACUGAAACAGAUCAAAGGUAAUCAGAGACCGUUUGGCGGGAUGUCCGUUUUGGCUGUCGGGGACUUCUUUCAGUUACCUCCUGUGCGACAGUCUAAGCCUCUCUGUGUACACGAUCCGACUGACAUUGACCUGUGGCAGGAGCAUUUUCAGAUGGUCACUCUGACUGAGAUAAUGAGACAGAAAGAUGAUGUUGUCUUUGCAGAGAUGCUGAACAGGAUUCGAGUGAAAGAAAAGACUGAUGAGCUGUCCCAGGCUGACAGAGAUUUGUUGUCACAGCGGAUUACAGAACCAGCCCUUUGUCCCACUGAGGUACUGCAUAUUUUUCCUACUAAUAAGUUGGUUGACGAACACAACUCUGCAACACUGGCUUUGUUACAUUCCAACAUAAUCACUAUUGAUGCAGAUGACUUUCAGAAAGAUCCACGUACAGGCAGAAUGGUACGGAGAGAAAAACCAUGCAAGGGAGGCAGAAAUGAUUUGGCUGACACUCUGAAAUUAGCCGAAAGCUCACGCGUUAUGCUCACUAGAAACAUUGAUGUACAAAAUGGUCUGGUUAAUGGUGCCUUUGGUACACUAACAUCUUUUGUCACUUCUGAGGGUGAUCAAAGCAUCUCUAAGCUGGGCCUGACAAUGGAUCAUCAGAAAGGUGUGACCAGAAACCAAAGUGGACCUGCAGAAACUGCCAAUCUGGUUUACGUCGAGAGAGCAGAGGAGAAUCUAAAGAACGGAGUGACGAUCUUCAUCUGGAUGGUUACAACAUGUUCAAACGCAACAGACAUGCAUCCUACACUAACUUUCCUCAGAUGGCCAGCAAAGGUGGUGGUGGGGUUGCUGUUUAUGUGAGAAACAACUUUCAGGUGCGUGAAAGACAGUAUUUGACCAAUGUGAUUGAUCUUGAGUAUGUUGCUUUGAAGGUUGAGGCUCCCUUCAGUGCAGUGAUUGCAGCUGUGUACAGACCACCUGACUACAGCCUAAAACCAUUCCUUCAAA